UUGGAAACUAUGAAGGAGGAUGUGUCUUCUUCUGAGUUACCAAAGAUGCCUUGAAAAAGUUCUCAAUGCCAUGGUUCAAUCAGUUCUGAUGAUCCACGAAAAUGUUACAAACUACAAAUGUGCAGAACGGGAGGGAUUUGAAGAGGCUGGGAUGCAUCAUUUUCCUUCCGCUCUUAAUCACGGUCUGUUUGGGAGAUCAGUUAUCGGAAUCCCAGUAUUUGUUCAAUUUCAUUAAAGCCAUUGAUCCACAAAAUGUGCUAGGAAUUGACUGGAAUAUUGGGACGUUGGUGCAUCACGCCUGCUUGCAUAAGUUGAAGGGUGUAAAAUGCAACUCAAGGGCUACCACCAUAGAAGAAAUCAGGCUUGAGAAUCUUAAUCUUAGUGGCAUCAUUGAUGCAGAACCCCUUUGCAAGCUCCGAAAUCUGCGAGUUCUUAGCUUAGCAAAGAAUCACAUCAGAGGAACUAUUCCUGACUCAAUAUCGCAUUGCUCAAGGCUGACUUAUUUAAAUCUAAGCAACAAUCUUCUGAGUGGAACGUUACCUCUGGCUCUAAAAAGAUUGAAAUAUCUCAGGAGCUUGGACAUCUCCAACAAUCUUCUGCGUGGAAGGUUGCCCAUGGAUCUAACUAAACUGAAAUAUCUUCGGAGCUCGAGCAUCUCUAACAAUCAUCUUAUCAAGCAGGAACUCAAGCACCUCCAUACAUAUUCCUUGAUAUCAAGUACAUCACAGAAAGAAGCCUGGGUAGAGGCAUUGGAAUCAAAGUACCCACCUACGGAGAGCCCAAAGCCCAAAGCUGUUAAUGGCCCGUGGUAUGGGAACUGGGCAGUCUGGAUAGCUCUAGUUCUGGGCAUUGGAAUCUUUGUUUUGGUGAUCGCAUGGAUACUGAGAAAGAAGGACGCAGACUUACCCGAAGAGAUGGAGAUUCUGAAGGUAAUUAAGGAUCCUUCUCUUAAAACACCUCCAGCCAUGCCCAGAGAGGAAGUUAAGCCAAUCGAAAGACGCUCAGAGCUUGUGUUCUUUGUUGAAGAGCAGGAAAGGUUCCAAUUGGAGGACCUCCUUGAAGCCACAGCUGACUUGCGAAAGGAGACCGUUCGCAGCAGCCUUUACAAGGUAGUUCUUAAAAACAGUGCCCUUUAUGCAGUUAAGAGAUUGAAGAAAUUGCAGGUAUCAUUCGAGGAAUUUGGCCGAACUAUGAGGCAGAUAGGAAGCUUAAAGCAUCCAAACAUUCUGCCCCUUGUUGGUUACCAUUCAACGAAGGAAGAAAAACUUUUCAUCUAUAAGUAUCAAAGCAAUGGGAGUCUGCUAAACGUGCUGGAAGACUAUAUUGAAGGUAAGAGGGAUUUCCCUUGGGGACUUCGGCUGUCCAUAGCAAGUGGGAUGGCAAAGGGUUUGGACUUCAUAUAUCAAAGUUCUGAUGAUCGGGAGAUAAUCUCUCAUGGGAAUCUUAAGCUAUCAAAUAUACUUUUGGACGAAAAUAAUGAACCGCUAAUAAGUGAAUAUGGGUUUUCGAAAUUUCUGGAACCCAAGCAAACAAGCGUCUUCACCUCCAAUGGCCAUACAGCUCCUGAGAAAAGCUUGACAGAAAGAGCCGAUGUUUUUAGCUUUGGUGUGAUACUCUUGGAGCUACUGACAGGAAAAACUGUAGAGAAUAGUGGGAUAGACCUUCCUAAAUGGGUAAAGGCCAUGGUGAGGGAAGAAUGGACCGGAGAGGUAUUUGACAAAGAGAUCAGUAGAGCUGCAUCACAGUGGGCAUUUCCUUUGCUGAAUAUAGCCCUCAAGUGUGUAUCAUAUUCUCCUGACAAUCGGCCAACCAUGUCAGAAGUUUUGGAGAAGAUAGAGGAGGUCAUGAAUGCACAAAGGGACCAUUCCAUUUCAGAAGACUGUUGUUGUCAAUCUAACCGAAAUGAUUGUUGUAUACUUCACACUCUCAUAUCUGAUACCUGGGAGAGUCCUGGAUCAAAUUAUUAGAGGUUGUGGUCUGCAUAUAUCGCAUGUAUUUUAUGCUUCUCAUUUGGAAGAACAGAAACUCUCUCUCAGUCGAGCAUAAAUAAGUUGAACGUGAAAUAUCUCUUAAGUCCUCCACCAUAAGGGCGAGGAGAGUUGCCCA